GUGAAGUUAUUGGGGCAACUUCUAUUGGGGCAACCGUGCAACUGCCUAUUUGCUUUGCUACAGUACAGUGGAUCUGGACCGCAUAUCUUUCCAAAUAAGAUCAGUCAUGAUCUAUAUAAGGCUUUCUUCAUACUCCACACAGAGUAUUUGAGAGGUAGGAGAGCUUUAGGUACAAUAAGUUAGCCGUAUUCAUCCACAGUGUCCCAAGGCAGAGCCAGGUCAUCGCAGCUCCUGCUUCGUCGAAUCUCAUCCGUAUGAGUGGACUCUCAGGAAAAUAGAAGAGCCUAGAGGAGACCGGGACAUGCAAAACAUCUGGUCCCAUUCGCUGAAUAAAGCCAUUUGCCAACUGGACCAUGAGAGGCAGGGAGUAACGGAACCAGGGGCACUUUUUUCCAUGUUUGGUCCACAUCGAGAUGCAAUCAAGGUGGAAAACUUAAGAGCAGCAAAUCACCUUAGUCCAUGUCUCGUCUGGUUCUUUUCUCUCCUCCUCCUCAUCAUCAUCAGGAACGGGGAUUACUUUGUUGGGUCAACCACUUGGUUGUUGUCAAGAAUUUCGGUGUAGUCACAGAUUUCAUUGUCCUUGUAUUCUUCCAUGAAUCUUUUUCAUUGUUCAUUUAUAACCGGGGGAGUGUGGUGUGGGUCACCUCGCAGAUUUCUACCACGAUCAUCGGAGCUAAGCCUGGGGAAGGUCAAGAUAAUGGGAGAUUUUUUGUAACAUGCACAUAUGAUAUUAGCAAUGAAGGAUUUUUUUUCCC